AUGGCCACCGUCUCUUCCUCCCAACCUUCUUCCUGGCCAAACCCCAACCCUAAUCCGGAUUCCGACUCUUCUUUUCCUUCGAACCUCGAUCGCGGAGACGACACCGAAUCUCUCGAAUCCUUCUCCUCCAUGAGUCUCAACUCCGACGAGCCUAAUCGGAAUCCCGAUCGGAUUCCUGAUUCCAACCGCGACGUCAACAUUCAAACCCCAAUUUCUCCAUCUACGCCGAAUUCACCAGUGACGCCUCUUCCGUCUUUGCUCUACCUCUCCUUUAACCAAGACCACGCUUGCUUCGCCGUAGGAACAGAUCGUGGAUUCCGGAUCCUUAAUUGCGAUCCGUUUCGCGAGAUUUUCCGCCGUGAUUUCGAUCGUGGCGGUGGUGUUGCCGUCGUGGAGAUGCUAUUCAGAUGCAAUAUAUUAGCACUUGUUGGUGGUGGACCUGAUCCUCAAUAUCCACCAAAUAAGGUCAUGAUUUGGGACGAUCAUCAGAGCCGAUGUAUCGGAGAACUCUCGUUCAGGUCCGAUGUUCGAUCGGUUAGGCUUAGGAGGGAUCGGAUAAUUGUGGUUCUGGAGCAGAAGAUUUUUGUUUACAAUUUCGCUGACCUUAAGCUGAUGCAUCAGAUUGAGACCAUUGCGAAUCCUAAAGGCUUGUGUGCUGUUUCUCAAGGUGCUGGUUCUAUGGUGUUGGUGUGUCCAGGUUUGCAGAAAGGGCAAGUUCGGAUUGAGCACUAUGCUUCUAAACGGACCAAAUUCAUCAUGGCUCAUGAUUCGAGGAUUGCUUGCUUUGCUCUAACGCAGGAUGGUCAUUUGUUGGCCACGGCUAGCUCUAAGGGUACUCUGGUUCGGGUGUUUAAUACUGUUGAUGGCACCUUGCGGCAAGAGGUUAGGAGGGGUGCAGAUAGAGCGGAGAUAUAUAGUCUGGCCUUCUCAUCAAAUGCUCAGUGGCUAGCUGUCUCAAGUGACAAAGGAACUGUCCAUGUCUUUGGUCUCAAAGUCAACUCCGGGUCUCAAGUGAAAGAAACACCCCGAAUUGCAUCUGAAUCUACUCGCGCUCCCUCAUCCCCAUCUUCGUCUCUGUCAUUAUUCAAAGGAGUGUUGCCAAAGUAUUUCAGCUCAGAGUGGUCGGUGGCGCAGUUCCGUUUGGUGGAAGGAACUCAGUACAUAGUCGCCUUUGGUCAUGAGAAGAACACCGUUGUUAUUCUUGGCAUGGAUGGGAGCUUCUACAGAUGCCAGUUUGAUCCGAUCAACGGUGGAGAAAUGUCUCAGCUUGAGUAUCACAACUGUCUCAAACCGCCUUCCGUUUUCUAG